CUCCCAGGACCUUGCAUUGGGGUACCCAGGACCACCUUGGGGUACCCAAAACCACUUUGGGGUACCCAGGGACUGUGCAAGGUCUGAUUGUUGGUGGGGGACACACAAAGCUUUCAGAUGCUACAAAUGCAAAGGCCCAAUUUCCCGUGGAAAAGCAGCAGGGAACAUCUCCCUCCCGCGUUUAUGCCACCCCCAGUGCACACCCAGGCUGGCAGAAGGGAGGGUCCUGAGCCUACCACAUUACUGACACACCGAGCUGCUCCAGGUCUCAGCUCCAGGCUGCGUCCCAAAAAGCCAGCCCCGUGCUGCGCACCACCCUCCCAAUACCAAACCAGCACCACGCAGGCGUUCGCUGCCCUGCGUUUUCCUCCGGGAACCAUUAAUCCUAGAGGAUUAGCCAGCAGCCAUGCAGUGCUUCAGCUUUCCAAAGCCCUGUACUAGUGCUAAGCGUUAUUACUAUUAUUACUAUUAUGAUUAAUUAUUAUUAAGCAGAUUCACUUCCUACCACUCACUGUUGCCGGCGAUUUCCAAACCUCCGAGGAGCUGAAUAAACACACGGCGGCUCAGGAGUUUCUUCCGAUGCGCAAAAGCACCCAGCAUUGUAAUUUGGGCUGGAAACGACACAGGGACAGGCUCGCUCCAGAGCCCCCGGCUGGCUGGGAUUUAGAAGGAUUAGUGACUCCACUUCCAUCCUGAAGCAAGGGGAUCUGAGCAUCCGAAUCCUUUCGGGUGAGGAAGGCUGCCGGCUGCCUUGAUCCCCAGCCCCCCAAACCAGCUGCCCCAAAGGCUGCUCCAAACAUGUCCUCUCCCUGGGUGAGAUGGGAGCCUUUUGGGAAAUCUUUGUUAUUUUUUGCUUUUACCCCCGCACGGUGGACCAGGCAGCAGAGCCCCAGCGGAGCGGAUGUUCCUCGCCAGGCCGGAGAUGCACCAACCCCGUUUGUGCUCCAGGGCCCUCAUCCAAAAGCGAUCAAACAACCAUUACGCCUGCUCUCUAUGAAAACCGGGAUUUACAGACACCCAAACCUGUGUUUAAAUGCAAAUGUGGCAUUUUAGCCUGGAACCAUGGGCACAAUGAGCAUUAGGGAGGCAUCACGCCCUCCACAGCACCAUCUCAGGAGUGAUGUGACCUCCGCGAAAGGACCGAUGAACUGGUGGGCUCCGCGUCCCAAAUCCACCCCUCCACCUGGGACUUGGCUCUUCCCCUGGUGAUGCUGGCACAAUUGUGGCGGAAUACCUAGCACCGUGCAGAAAAGGAUGGAGGUUUAGACCCUCUCAUCAGCAGGACAGCCCAGGCGAUGCCCAGGGACACACGUGAGCCUCUCAUUUGGGGCAGAGGUGCCGCCUGCUCUCACGAUACGCCACCAAGCGCAGGAGCGGCUCUCUCUUGGUCCAGACGAGCAGAGGCGAUGGACACAGACUGGUGUCACCCCACCAGACCAACCCCUUGUGCCACGUGGACACACAGCCUGGACCCUGCUGUCACCUCCUGCCCCCUCUUACCCUUCACCUGCUGCCUUCCUGCAGGGAAUUACAGAGACAAUCAAUUAAAUCCCUGUCCCGUCCCGCCCCCCUCGCCCCCCACCACACCCCCAGUUCUUUGUGGACCUGGCAGUGAAUAAUGCAGGAGGCUGCGGGGAUACGGAGCUGCUCUGGUUGGUUCAUUAUUGAUGAGAGAUGACAGAUCCUCCGCUGACAAUCUGCCUAAGAGAUAUGAUUAGCUUGUAAAAAAUUAAUCGCACUUCUUAGGGAUGACGCGAGCUGAAAACCCCAAGGAACAGCGUUAUCGAUGUUCCCUAAUUUCAGGGGACUUUGAAAAGGUUUUAGCAAAAUUUGGAGGCAGCAAUUACAUUCAAUUAGAAUCACAAGUGCCAAGACAUCACCGCCGCUCGCAAUGACCGCGUCCCCUGCUCCAGUGCAAUCCCUGCACAGCGCUCGGCCUUUCCAAGCCCCAUAAAAACCCGCCGGUGAUCAGAAAAAAAAACAACACUGCCAUCCCAACACCCCUACAUGCCCAAGGCUGGGCUUUUGGCAGUGCAGCCCUACAUCUCAAGGAUGUGCAUCCAACUCUGGGAAGCCCCCAGCCUUUGGGGAUAUUGGGACACGAGGGCAGGGAUGCACGGACUCGCCAGGGACUGGGAAUACUGGUGGGAGCGGCAGCGGGCUUUGCUUGGUGCUUCCCCUGCCUCCAUCCCAUCAUUACCCGGCCCGGUUACUUGCCUGGGUUCGCAGGGCUGCUGACAAACGCAUGCAUAAUUCAUAGAGCCCCGCACAAGAAGCCCUCUAUGCAGAGCUCGGUGCCGAUUAAAAACCACGGCAGCAAAAGAGGAAAGUCCCCGGGGACACGUAGCAUAGAGGUGGCCAGACCCUGCACAGUGCGUGCUGCCAAUUAGCCGAGCCCCCACGUCUGCCCAGCCUCACGCCACCCUGACCCCAGCAGCUUUAGAUUUUGGGUCCCUGGAGCAAUUUGGCACAAGACGGAGUGAGGCUGCUGGGUGUUUUUUCACAGGUCUUGCUUUGCCCCUGGGCUAGGGCUUGAGAUGCAAGUGGGACGCAUCAAUGCCAGCACCCGCCCUGCACCAAGGUGUGGCUCUUUACCCAAAUAUCCUCCUUCCCCUGACCUUGUCUUGGCUGCAUUUCCCAGCACAAGGUGAUGCCUUCCCAAACGCACUCCCCCCCUCAUAAAAGGAGGGUGCCAAUGUCUGGGAUGCACACAGGGGUCCCCACCAGCCAAGCCAGCACCCAGCACCCCAUUCAUGGGAUCUGAUCCAGCAGCACCUCUCUGGUUUGGCUUCCACCCUCUUCCUACAAAUAUUAUGCUGCACUGGCUGCACACAAAGACACCACGGCCCCCAGACCAAAGCCCCGCACAAAGGUGAGCAGUGAGGCAAGCUGCUGUCGGCUUAUGAGCAAUGAAACCCAGGUGCCAGCAAGCAUCGGGUCCCGGCGGAGCCUGUUUCGCCUUCUCUCAGCUAAGAGGCUGACACCAUUACAUCCUGUGCCCACACCUCACGUGGGAAGCUGUUUUAGCAUCACCAGGGCUCGUUUCUCCAGCAAAUCCCAUCGGGUCAGGACCAAGCCAGCAGGGAGUGAAGCCCUGCAUAGAAGCAGAAGAACAGCAGCAGCCACAUUUUGGCUGUUUGCUGGUGUUUUUUUUUUAUUUUUUUUUUAUUUUUUUUAAAUUUUUUGGGUUUUGUUGUUUAUUUGUUUUGCAUUCAGAAGAGCUCGUGCUCUCCUCUCCCUCUCAUUCCCCAGCUCGGCCUCUGGUAUGUGCAGCCGUCGCAGGGCCUUGUUCCUUUGCACAUCUCUCAGCACGCAGAACCGCUCCCCUGGGGGAAAGGAAAUUAAUUUUUUCCCUUUGAAUUCAGCCUGCUCAGCAGAGGCUGCAGGAGGAUGCCAUUCCCAGGGCGGCCCCAAGCCCCCUCCUUCCCUCCCCUCCUCCCCACCCCCGCCAUGGUACAGGCGUGGGGACCUGGCGACGUCAAGCAAGCGUCAUUCCCCCAAAUCUUCAGAAUUCAGAUGAAAACUGGUCACAUUUCUAACUUGUCAGGGGGAGAAGGAAGCAGACGUGACAUUGGCAGGCAUCCACCGUGCCUCAGUUUCCACCCCCCCCACUGCCAUCCCCACGGGCAUCGCGAGGAGCCCCAACACGGUGAUGCGUCGCUUCAAAGCGACGGCUCCCACCUCUCCAAUUCCUUCCCCUCCCGUUUUUUUUUUCCCUCCUUCCAAUGAUUUUGUUUUCCAGGGUUCACCCCCCAGCCUGCAGUUUCACUCCUGCCUCCACUGUGGCUUCAUUUGCAGGAGUUUCCCCUUCCCCAAGCCCGCAGCUCCUCUCCCGAUGGCUCCGCGUUCCCCUGCUGCCUCCAGGCUCACCACCCACAGAGCUCGGUGCCUUAGGGACACUUCCCAUCACCCUUCGUUAGUGAGCGUGCUGCCCUCAAAGGCUGCCAAAUUAGUCACUCAGUGGCGCAAAGCAGCUGCUCGGUGUCAGACCAAAGGUCUGCCCGGCACCGGGCUGCCUUCUCCCUCCCUUCCCCGUGCUCGGGUUCCUCCUUGUUUCACCCAUCCAGGGGGGGAAAGCAGGGAAGAAGGACCUUCCCUGGACCAAGCAAAAUGUUUUCCCCUUCCGAUGCCCGGCCAGUAUCAAACAGCAAAAACCAACAGAGCGAGGUGGUGUCCCCGGGCUGCUCGGAGGAGAUACCUUCCCUCCCGUCGCCUUUGUGCUUCUCUCUGAGCCUCUCUGUUUGCCAGGCUAAUAAAGCCAGCUCUGUGUCACCGGCUCCCUGCUGGCUGCACUCGAGCCCAGCCCACUUUACUCAAACACAUAAAGCUUACAUGCCAGCUCCUGCCAGCCCGCCCGCUCAAAGUCACCUUGCCCCAAACUCCCGGCUGAGCGUGUUCCUGCUCUGCUGGGGGCUCGGCAAUCAUUAAUCGGAUUCUCUGCAUUCCCCAGCGCCUGCCCUGGUAUGGAAAAAUGAGCCAGCGGGUAACCGUGCCCUGGCAGUCCGACAUGCAGCUGGCCGGCAAGCUGGUCCUCUCCGCCGCCGCACUGCUCCUGCUGACUUUGGCGUACAGGUUGUACAAAGCCCGCUCGGCCCCCGGCAGCCCCGGAGGCAGCACCCUGGCAGCCGACGCUCGCGGAGAGACGGAGAGAAGGGAAAAUGCUGCCCAGGAUGGGGAGGCGGUGGCAGGUCUGCGGCGCAGGCAGGUUUUCGGUGGUGGGGCUUGGCAAGGUGGUGGCGACGCUCGAGUGAGUGCCUUGGAGCCGCGGCAAGUGCUGGCCCGAAGAGAUCAAUGUCUGCCGGUGGGCAAGGAGGAGGAAAAAGGGGAGCCGGGAGGGGAGCCUGAAUUUUUCAGCAGUGGGGACCUGGCUGAAAUGCUGAGUGGGGAGGAGGGCAGCAGGCACGGACGAGGCGUGCUCAGCCCAUGCACUGAGCUUUCCACCCAGAUGGGGGAUGACGGAGGUGCCCAAAGCACAGAGCAGGAUUUGGGCAUCGGGGGCAGGAGCCAGGAGGGGAGCAGGGGGGUGAUCCAGACCCGCAGUGUCACCUCAGACCUGGGGCUAAUGAUAACGGCGAGCAACAAGAGGUCGGACACCUCCUACUCUUUCUCCUCAUUUGCGAAGAUCCAGGUGGAAGAGAACUACAUCACCAAGAGGAAUGCGAAGGAUGGGGCCAGACAGCUGGCCCCUGGCCUCAAAGGCAAAGUGUAUGACUACCACAUCCAGUCCACCUCCCAGACGGUGUCAAAGAAAAGGUCUCUCCCCUCUGCCCCUCUGGGAGAAGCCAUGAGCUGCAGCUCAGAGUGUGUCAAUGAAGAGCUGCAGAGCUUGGAGCAGGUCAACGAGGAGCUGCAAAGCUUGGAGCAGGUCAACAAGGAGCUGCAGAGCCUGGAGCACGUCAGUGAGGAGCUGCAGAGCACUGUCACCCCAGAACCUGAGACCCAGUCCCAGCAACCAACCGUGGCAAUGCAGGACCCCAUCACUUCUCCCAUAGUCCCAUCACCUGUGGGGAGCCUGGAGAUUGCCACCAAGCCCCCAGCUCCCACUCGCAGUUUCAGCCGCAAGAACAGUGUCCUCCAGAUUGCUGAGAACCCCCAGCUCCAGCUUCCCAUGGACGGCUUUGGUCCACCGGUGCCAGCCAGCACACCACCAGCAAGCCCUCGGCUGGAGCUGGUGGCUGGUGCCAACUUCUUCCAAAUGUCACCCCCUGCCCCGGACACCCUCCUGGAUCUGGGGAACUGCUACGAGGUCCUCUGCAUGGCCAAGGCGGAGAAGCUCAGCCACCUCCAGGAGGCCGCCUACAAGGUCAUGAGCGACAACUACCUGCAGGUGCUGAGGACGCCCUCCAUCUACAGCCGCCUCAACGCCAGGGAGCGGGAGCUCAUCCUCCAGCGGAGGAUGAAGGGGAAGAUGUGUGUCACCGUGGCAGACAUCAGCACGCAGGAACCUGACCUCCACGCCAGCCGGCUCUGCUACUACGAUGACGGAGGGGACCGCUGGCAUCACCUCUGCCACAUGCCACCAGAGGCGGUCUCCCAAGGGUGUGCCAUGUGUAGCAUGUUCAACUACCUCUUCGUGGUGGCCGGCUGUGAGGGCUCAGGCCGUACACAGAGACCCUCCAACCGCGUCUUCUGCUACAACCCCUUGACCAACAUCUGGAGGGAGAUCUGCCCCUUGAACCAAGCGCGGCCGCACUGCAAGCUGGUGGCCCUGGACGGCUGUCUCUAUGCCAUCGGUGGGGAGUGCCUCCACACAGUGGAGCGAUACGACCCCCGCCAGGACCGCUGGACCUUCACCGCCCCCCUGCCCCGUGACACCUUCGCCGUGGCCCACACGGCCACGGUGUGCGACGGGGAGAUCUACGUGACGGGGGGCACCUUGCGCUACGUGCUGCUGCGCUAUGCUGCCCGCAGGGACUGCUGGAUCGUCAGCCCGGCCGGCGGCAGCAAGGACAGGACAGCCGAGAUGGUGAGCACCAACGGCUUCAUCUACCGCUUCGACCUCAACCGCAGCAUGGGCAUCGGCGUCUACCGCUGCGGCGCCAAGGCCAAGCUGUGGUACGAGUGUGCCACCUACGCCAUGCCCUACCCGUCCUGCUUCCAGUGCGCUGCAGUCGGCGGCUUGGUCCACUGCAUCGGCCGGCGCUUCCAUCUCCGCUUCUUGGCCGACCACAUCUCGCCACGCUUCGGGACCAAGGAGCUGCAGCCCUUCCCCUCGCCCCGCGGCAGCCUCCUCCCUGCCGUCCUGGUGCUGCCGCAGGGAGGGACGGAGCAGGUGCAGGUUUGAGGCAUCCACGCUGAGGUCUCGUGCAGCUUGGACCCGAUGGGAUGGUGAAAGCCAGGCAGCAGAAGCCACCAGCGUGCAUUUACCUCCCAAGUGCUGUUGAUGCUGGUGGACCAACGCUCUCAGGGCAACGUCACCCUUAGCCACCAUGACAGCAUCCUGCCAAUCCCUGUAAGGGGAAACGGAGAAGACAGAUUGCACUUAGACACGAGCAAACCCAGCCUUGAGGACACAAGGAAGAGCAAAGCCGGAGCUGGGUGGACUCAUUUGCUUGCAGGUAUUUAAACACAGGUGUGCUUCCUCAAACAAACCCGGGCUCACUGCAGGCUGUGCGCUGCCCUGCUGCUUUGCAGGCACCAGGUGUUUAGCAUUGACCUGGACCCCGAAUGCACAGUGGGGGUUGAGGGUGUAGAAGUUCAGCAGAGAGGUUUGGUCCCCAUCGGCAUCAAGCUGUCAUUGAGCCUCACCCCAGGGCAGGAGGCUGGGGACCAAAGCAUCUCCAGAAGGUACCUCUCCUACCCUUGCCUUGUUACCUUAUCCUCAGCCCGGAAUGACAUACAGAUAUAUAUUUACAUGCACACAGCGUAAAUAGACACUAUAGAUUUAUAGACAGCUGGUCUUAAAUAAAAUUAAAGCAAACAUUUGGUAAAAUUAA